AUGACUAAUCCAUUCUUCCUAUUUAGCGACCUUGAGUCCAGCCCCGUCGGAAUGCCCCAGAUGUAUGCGAAUCUGUCUAAGAACGCGACGGUGCCGAACAUGGUCGGUGGAAUUUUGUGGAAGGACACGCUGAACAAGCGGAUCUACAUGUAUGGGGGAGACUCAUAUGGAACACCGCCAUCUCCAUUUUAUCUCUACGCCUACGACAUAAUGUGUAAUCAUUGGGACUCGUUCGGUCCCCCAACUGGCGCAGCAUCUAUUAUUCCGACUAGCUGGGGAGCAGGAGUGUCUAUCCCAGAACGCGGAGAAGCGUAUUAUUAUGGGGGCUUUUUUAGCAACAUGUCCGCACCAGGCUGGACAGGACCUCCACAGGCUUCUAACAGACUGAUUCGAUAUUCAAUGGAUGAUAACAGUUGGGCAAAUUUGACUGGCCCAGACACUGUUCGUCGAGCCGAAGGCGUGAUGGUCUUCAUUCCCGCCGGAGAUGCGGGCUUUUUGGUCUACUUUGGGGGGAGUCGGGAUCUCGGGAAUGGGACGAUGAUACCUCAGCCCUUGGACACCAUUUUCCUGUAUGAUCUUGCCAAUGCCAAGUGGUACUCGCAGAAGGCCACAGGUCGCAUUCCAGAGGACCGCAAGCGUUUUUGUGGAGGAGCUACUUGGACAGACGAUCAGUCAAGCUACAAUAUUUAUAUCUACGGCGGCGGCGGGUUCCCCCCUGACACGACCGGCUAUGAUGACAUCUACGUCUUGUCGAUCCCUAGCUUUCAGUGGAUUCGUGGACCGUAUCCUCCUAACAGCAAUGUAUCAGGCCCUUAUCCCAAGAGCAUGCAUACUUGCAACGUAGUCAAUCAUGCGCAAAUGCUGGUAAUUGGCGGUUAUUACUCCAAUGACACGACCUUCUCCUGUGACGCUGAAAACGUCUGGGGUCAACAUAACAUGAAUCUGGCCGAGAAGAAUCGUGAGAGCAACAUAUGGGCGGAGUACCUUCCAGAGCUGACAACUUACACGGUGCCGAACUUCAUCCGCACGGCUAUCGGGGGUGAGCCUACCGGCGGUGCCACAGCAACUGCUCCUCUCUCUGGAUUUGCGGCUCCCGAGCUUGGGGAGGUCUUAAGUCGCAAAGCUAUCCUAACAGGCCUGGCUUAG